UCCGGUGGAAGGACCAAGUGGAGAAGGACCUGGCCUCGCUUGGAAUAUCCAAUUGGCGCCACGUAGCGAAGAGAAGAAACGACUGGCGCGCUGUUGUUGACUCGGCUAUAAUCGCGUAAGCGGUGUCUACGCCAGUAAAGAAGAAGAGUAUAUUUUAACUUUUAUUAAAUAAACUUGCAUUUAUUUAAUACUUUUUUUAUUUAUUUUGCAGAUAAAAUGCCGAAAACAACCAGCAGUUGGAGGAAGUGUAUUGUUGGCUGCAACGAGGGAGGAAUAACAUUUGGAUUUCCAAACAGUGGAACGGACCUCGAACGGCGUAAAUGUUGGCUCAACCGUUUAGGUGUUUCCGAUGAAACACCUAAAAAUAUUUUUGCUUGUGAGCGGCAUUUUUCGGCAAAAAUGCGCCUUGAAAAACGAUUGCGUUCGGGGGCCGUUCCCGAUAUAAAUUUAAAAGUUGAGCCUACAUUUCACGUCCCAAAUUCGGAAUUAAAAAAUACAAUUUUAUUGGGUCUAGAAGAUUUUGCUCCCCAAGUUGAAGAAGCUGUCUCAAACGCACAAAAUGCAUCGAGGCAGCUUUUUCUAAGUAUUCAAAAUGAAAUUGAAGAUGAAAUUUUAGAGCCUCUUCCAUUUUUUGAGGAGGAUGUUUCUUUUAAUAUUGAUAAGGCCGCGCAAACAGGUAGGGGUCUGACCGCAGGAACAGAAAGGAAGAAGAAAUUGAGGGAAGAGAAUAGGGUUUUGAAAAUAAAGUUAGAUGAAAAAGAGCAGGAAAAUAGAAGUUUAAAGGCCCAGUUAGUUGAAAUGGCCGCAGAAUUAGAAAGAUGUAGGGAACAGCUAAGGAAUAGCUCUUUGAGGGAACAGUCAGACCCUCUUUCUUUAGUUUGUAGCAAAGUUCCUCCUCAGUUAGGUGCUUGCAUUAGGAGUAGUUUUAUUAAUAGUAAUCGCCGUACCCAUGGUCGGCGAUAUGACAAUUUUUUGAAAACGAUAGCUUUGGGUGUAUUUUUUCUAUCGCCAGUUGCUUAUCGGCAUUAAAAGCACCAAUUAGAUUUUCCAUCCGAAAGUACUUUGGAAAACUUUGUUACAGACUGGCCCCGUCUCCCAGGUUGCACCCAAAGUAGCAUAAAAUCGUUAGAGAUUAGGAGUAGGGGAUUCACUUUCGAACAAAAGUUCGUGUCGGUUUCAUGUGAUGAGAUGUCACUGAAAUGUCAUUUGCAGUAUGAUAGGAAAUUGGAUAGGGUGAUAGGUAUUGAGGAUUAUGGCGAUGAAAAUCGCACUUCUAGAUUAGCAACUACUGCAAUGACUAUAAUGGUGCAAGGUA